AAGUGGUAUACAACAAGGAGAGAGGAAGGAAAACAGAUUGUUGUCUGAGAAAAUUCCAAGCAGAAGAAAGAGAAAAAGUGUCUGAAAUACAGCAGAGAAACCAGCAGCAUUCAGAAUGCCAUUGGAGAUGGACAAGCUCUCUCGACCAGAAAUGUUUGACUUUCAGGCCAGGCCAGAUGAUAUACUUAUUGCAACAUACCCCAAAGCAGGAACAACAUGGGUCUCUUACAUCCUUGACCUGCUAAAUUUUGGUCAGUCAGAGCAUCAGAAAUCCAUCCCAAUCUUUGAAAGAGUGCCUUUUUUGGAGCUCAUCAUCCCAGCUUACGGCUCAGGGAAAGACAUGGUAGACAACCUCCUGACUUCUCCUCGAAUCAUUAAAACUCACUUUCCAAUCCAGUUUGUGCCAAAGUCCUUUUGGGAGCAAAACUGCAGGAUGGUCUACGUGGCACGCAAUGCCAAAGACAACAUGGUGUCUUAUUUUCACUUUGAUCGCAUGAACCAGAUUCAGCCAGAGGCUGGAGAAUGGAGCAGCUUCUUCCACAGAUUCAUGGAGGGAAAGAUGGUGUUUGGAUCCUGGUAUGACCAUGUGAACGGCUGGUGGGAGAAGAAACAGACAUACUCAAAAAUCCACUACAUGUUCUACGAAGAUCUGAUUGAGGAUACUGGACGGGAAAUAGACAAACUCUGCUCCUUUCUUGGUUUGUCUCGUUCAGCCGAGGAGAAGAACAGAGUUACUCGUGGAGUGCAGUUUGACAGCAUGAAAAAGGACGACAUGGCGAACUACUCUACGAACUUUGUUAUGGACUUCAAAAUUUCUCCUUUUAUGAGAAAAGGGAAGGUUGGUGACUGGAAGAACCAUUUCACUGUGGCCCAGAAUGAACAGUUUGAUGAAGACUACAAGAAAAAGAUGAAGAAUUCCACACUUCAGUUCCGCACUGACAUUUAAACGGGACUGGACAGGCUGUGUAGAUUGGACGUGUGGUGUUUUUGUGAAAGAAAAUCAAGUUAUUGUUGCCUCUAAUGCAGUGAUUCUCAAAGUGGGGUUUGUAGCACUCUGCCAGGGGGUCCGUGAAAAGUUUUCAGAUUCCUUCUUUUAAAUCAUGAUUUUUUUCUUUUUUUUCAAAAGGCAUUAUAGUUCCACAAAUAAUUUUUCAUAUUCUUAAAUCUGUAACAGUUUAUACAUUUAUUUUAUAUAUUUAACAUUUCUUUCAUAGCACUAAAGUGUAGCAAAAAUGCAAAUGUAGAAAAUUAACCAAUGUUGUAAUUGAUCAAAAAUCCUUGAAUAAAAAUGUAAUCCUGUUCACCACA